CAAGCCCAGGGACUUUCGGUUUGAAAUGUUACAACUGAAUUACUGGGAUAUUUUGAACAAUCGUGUUGGUGGAAAUUUAUGUAUAUAUAUAUAUAUAUUUAUUUUUUUUUCUCUGUCUAGUAUUUUUUAGAAGAAUGACCAAGUUUCUUUACUGGUUCAAAGCAUGUAGCGAAACCGUUCCCGUUGCAAGGUGGAGGUUUGAGUAUUUUUCAUUCUGCAACUUCUGUAUCGAAACAGGACGGCUCCCUGUGAGAAUCCCUGGAGCUGAACAUCCGGAACCACUCAGUUUAAAAAUAAUAAAAUAAAAUUACAGCUUACGUUCACAGAUUAAUAAGGAUUCAGAGACUGUCCUGUGGUUGAAACCAUGCUGCGAUGGACAACAACAUCCUUCUGCACCUACUGGCUGCAUAUUAGGCCUUCCUUCCUACCCAGAACACACUGCUCCACACUCAGUUCCAGCCAGGUAGAGAACAAAUUCACUGUAGACCAUUUAUCUCACUUGUCUGUAGACAUUGGGAAAAUUCGCAAGUUGAAAGGAUGGGUUCUGUUUCAGAAUCCUACAUACGUUAACGAGACAGCUAGCCUUUUGCGGGACUUGGGUGCUAAUAAGGAAACAAUUGGACGUAUUCUGGAGCAGCAUCCAGAAGCAGUUCUCUGCACUCCUGAGGAAUUACAGGCUCAGUAUGACCUGUGGACGACUGUCUGUCCUAAUAGUAAAGACCUACUGGGUAUAAUUGAGAAAUUUCCAGCUUCAUUUUUUACUGUCAGUCACCAUGCUAAUCAGAAGGCCAAUAUACAGUUUUUUCAGAGCUUACAUUUGAACAAGCGCAUCAUCAGCAAAUUAAUGGGCAGUGCUCCGCAAAGCUUCAGCAGACCGGUGGGGAAGAACCAGGAAAUGAUCCAUACCUUAAAGGAGUCAUACCUUAGUCUUGGGGGCAGUGAGAAUAAUGUGAAGAUUUGGCUCCAGAAGUUACUCAGUCAGAACCCUUUCAUACUGAUUAAACCCCCAGAGGUGGUGUGGGAGAAUAUCCAGUUCUUACAGGACAGGGGGUUCUCUGCUGUAGAGCUCCUCCACCUAGUGUCCAAAUUGAAGGGCUUCAUCGCAGAACUUAGCCCUAAAAGCAUGCAGAACAUCCUUACUUAUUCCCUGGAGACUCUACAGUGCUCUGAGACUGAACUAAGGGUGAUUAUCCUCAAGUGCCCUGGGCUCCUUAAUUAUCCUGUGCCUAUUCUAGAUGACCGUUUGAAGGGACUCUUUGAAGCAGGCAUUAGUUUGGACCAGAUCAAGGACACACCUACAAUCUUAGAGCUGACCACACAAAUUGUGCUCUACCGUAUACAAAAACUGGAGUCCUAUGGUUAUAGUAUUAAAACAGGAAGCCUGGAAGCUCUGGAUGGGACAAAAAAGGACUUUGAAAUGAUGUAUGGAAGACUGAAACUCAGACAGGAGCGUCCAAUCUUUAACCCUGUUGCCCCAUUAAAGAGCACAGAGGAAUGACCUUUAAUGCUUUUGAGUGAGAAGAAAGGAAACAAGUUUGAGCAGUUCUUCAUGCCACAGUUAAUUACUCCAUCACCUGAUUAAAUUAGAUUUUUUUGGUUCUGGAAAGGACCAAACAUAUGGUAGCUUGUCCUGUGUAACCAUAAAUCAGGUAUUUGCAAUUUUUAAUAGCUUUUGUGGGCGGUGUGGACUCUGUACCUGUGACCAGAAUGUCACUGGUUCAAAUUCGGUGGCCCGCAGAGUGAUCAGAUCAUUCUAAAGCAAAAAAACUAAUAGACAGAUCAGAUCUUUCACACUGUUGUCACGCAUGAUAGCUUGUGUCUAAGCAAAUGGCUGUUGAUCGUUGAUGCAUAACGUACUCACCUAAAGCAGGUCCUGGCAGAGAGCCACGCAUGUCCUUGCGAGUAUGUGGUGUUUAGGGACUGAUAAGCAGAACCAAUUCGAAAAUAAUUGGGUACCUGGUAUUUUCUUAUCAGUUCUAAUUUGGAACUUUCGGUUCCCAACCCUAAUCAGCACCUGGUGUUGAGUUGGAAGCCUCUGUCCAGGAGUUCUUGCGUCUCCAGUAGAACUUUGAGACAUUGGACAUUGAGCCUGAAUGGGCCAUGUUCUGGGACUCCAUUGCAGAAGCGGCUGUGCAAAGCUGUGACCAUAAAGUUGCUGGCAUCUGUCAAGGUGGCAAUCCCCAAACCCGGUGGUGGACACCGGCGGUAAAGGGAGCUGUCAGGCUGAAGAAGGAGGCCUUCUGAGCUUGGUUAGCUGGUGGGAUUCAUGAAGCAGCUGGCAGGGACCGGCAGGCGAAGUGGAAAGCGGCUGUGGCUGUUACUGAAGCAAAACUAUGCCAGAGGAAUUUGGCAAAGCCAUGGAGAGGACUUUCAGUCAGCCUCAAAGAUUCUGGCAAACCAUCAGGCGACUAAGGAGGGGGAAGCAAGGCUUCACCUAAGCUGUUUACACCAGGGAUGGACCUCAAAAGGGGAUUUAGUCAGGCGGUGGAAGUAGUAUUCUGAGUGCAUCCUGAAUCCUACCGAUACACCUUCCUUGGAGGAAGUAGAGCUGGAAGACUCAGAGGAGGAUUUAUGGGCGAUUUAUACCCAAUGCUCACAACGUGUCCGUGUGUGGAUCAUGGAUGCCACUCUUUUUCUGUGUUGAUUCUAUGUGUCGUCUGUGCACCUUUGUGAAGAAUUAAUGCUACGUGUAAACAAGAUACAGUACCACCACAAAUCUUGGUGGCAGUAUGGUCAUCCUUUGUCACGGGACUAUGAGUUUAUAUACAGUGUAUAUAGUUAGCAUUAAAGUAGAAUCAGAUUUUUUUUUUUUAUGAAUGAGUGGCCAGAAGAUAUUCAAAACUGAAUAUUUUCAUAAGCAAGAGAGAAAAUGUUCCGAUCACUAGUGUACAUCUUUGUACAGCGUUUUGCAGUAUUAAUGACCACUCCUUUCAAAGAUUAAACUGUUAAAAACAUA